AUGUCAAAGUCAGAAAGUUCAUCGGAUCAAGAAUCAAGUCUGAGUGAUGUUGGUGGAGGUUUUGUGAUUAAUGAUAAGAAUGGCAAUAAGAGAAGAAGAACUAGCACAAGAAGAACACCUCAAAGGAAGACUACUAGGAAGACUUCAUAUGUAGAAAUAUCAGAUAACGACAGUAGUGAUGAAGAAAUAAACUCAGAUACUUUUGCAAACAUUGAAACGCCAAAGCAAACGCGUAAAAACGGAACGCGUUCCAAAAAGGUUACACCUAAAAAAGAUGCUUCAUCUGAUGAUGACGAUGAUGAUGAAGAAUUUACAUUAAGCGUGGACGAAAUCAAAGACGAUAGCUCUUCCGACGAUGAUGUUGAAAUCGUAGGUUCGAGUUUUCAGGAUCCAGAUGGUUCAUCAAGAAAUUUAGCUAUUGAUAUAGGAUCAGAUAAUGAAGAUGAAGUACCGUUGGCGAAUAGACAGCCACCAACACCUCCAUCAUCAACUUCUGAACAGGUAGAUGAACAGCCUAAAAAAAAGCAGAAGCGUGCUCCAGCUAAGAGAAAAAAACCAGCUAAACCCAAAGUAUCACAUUAUGAACGUUCAACUAAUAAUUUAUACACUCAUCAUCCAGAAUUAGUCAAUGUAUUCCCGGAUUUGGCAAAAUAUGAAGGCAUCAAACCUGAAAGAGCACCUCAUCCCGAAGGUAUGACUUUAAAAAUGUUGCCUUUUCAAUUGGAAGGUCUUAAUUGGUUAUUAAAACAAGAAGAAGGUAGGUUUCAAGGUGGUAUAUUGGCAGAUGAAAUGGGUAUGGGUAAAACUAUUCAAACAAUUGGUUUAUUUAUGCAUGACACUACCAAAAAACCGAAUUUAGUUGUUGGUCCAACAGUUGCUCUUAUGCAAUGGAAAAAUGAAAUCGAGAAGCAUACUGACGGAAAAUUAAAAGUUUUGUUGUUUCAUGGUGGUAAUAGAGUUAACAAGGUUAAAGAGUUAGAAGGAUAUGAUGUAAUUUUAACAUCAUAUUCGGUUUUAGAAUCCUCAUUUAGAAAACAAAAUUAUGGAUUUAAAAGAAAGGGAAAUAUGGUGAAAGAAAAAUCAGCUUUACAUAAUACUGUAUUUUAUAGAGUAGUUUUGGAUGAAGCUCAUAAUAUUAAAGACAGAACCUCAGGAACUGCUAGAGCAGCCAAUCAUUUAAAAACCAAAAAAAGAUGGUGUUUAACAGGUACCCCAUUACAAAAUAGAAUUGGUGAAAUUUAUUCAUUAAUUAGAUAUAUGAAAUUGUGGCCAUUUCAUAUGUAUUUUUGUACGAAAUGUGACUGUUCAAGUAAUGAUUGGAAAUUUUCAAAUGGUAGAACUUGUGAUGGUUGUGGACAUACUGGAAUGUUACAUACAAAUUAUUUCAAUCAUUUCACUUUAAAAAACAUUUUAAAAUUUGGUUUAGAAGGUGAUGGUAUGGAAAGUUUCAAAAAUUUAAGAUUAUUAUUAAAUAAUAUUAUGUUAAGAAGAACCAAAAUUGAAAGAGCUGAUGAUUUGGGUUUACCACCUAGAAUUGUUGAAAUUAGACAUGAUAGAUUUAAUGAAGAAGAAAGAGAUUUAUAUACAUCACUCUAUAGUGAUUCAAAAAGAAAAUUCAAUGAUUACGUUGCUGAAGGUGUUGUUUUGAACAAUUAUGCAAAUAUUUUUACAUUGAUUACAAGAAUGAGACAAUUAGCUGAUCAUCCAGAUUUGGUAUUAAAAAGAUAUGGUACUAAUCAAAUUGCAAACCAUAUAGAUGGUGUUAUAAUGUGUCAAAUUUGUGAUGAUGAAGCUGAAGAACCUAUUGAAUCUAAAUGUCAUCAUAGAUUUUGUAGAAUGUGUGUUCAAGAAUAUAUUGAAUCGUUUGAUGGUGCUAGUAAUAAAUUGACUUGUCCUGUAUGUCAUAUUGGAUUAUCGAUAGACUUAGAACAACCUUCAAUAGAAGUUGAUGAAGAAUUAUUCACAAAAGCAUCAAUUGUAAACCGUAUUAAACAAGGGUCACAUGGUGGAGAAUGGAGAUCAUCAACAAAGAUUGAAGCAUUAGUUGAAGAAUUAUAUAAAUUAAGGUCAGAUAAGCACACUAUUAAAUCAAUUGUAUUUUCACAAUUUACAUCAAUGUUAGAUUUAAUUGAAUGGAGAUUGAAAAGAGCAGGUUUUAAAACAGCAAAAUUAUCAGGAUCUAUGUCACCACAACAAAGAGAUAAUACGAUUAAAUAUUUCAUGGAUAAUAUAGAAGUUGAAGUAUUUUUGGUCUCAUUAAAAGCUGGUGGUGUUGCAUUAAAUUUAUGUGAAGCAUCUCAAGUGUUUUUGAUGGAUCCAUGGUGGAACCCAAGUGUUGAAUGGCAAUCUAUGGAUAGAGUUCAUAGGAUUGGUCAAAAAAGACCAAUUCGUAUAACAAGAUUUUGCAUAGAAGAUAGUAUUGAACUGAAAAUUAUUGAAUUACAAGAGAAAAAAGCCAAUAUGAUUCAUGCAACAAUCAAUCAUGAUGAAGCAGCUGUUAGUAAAUUAACUCCGGAUGAUUUACAGUUUUUGUUCAUGAAUUAA